CCCUCAGUUCAUUCGCUUAUUUCAUUCCUCUCGCAUGUUGAGGCGCAGUCGUACACCUGCUAUACCAAGAGAGAGACACUGCCGGAACAAUUUUCAGCAACGCGUGCUUUCAGCUUAUUUUCCCUUUAUAAAAGAAAUAAUAUAUAUAUUUAAAACGUUUGCGGUUCUGCAAAAUCAAUAUCGAUCGUCCUCAAUAUUCACGGUCUUGUGAAUUAUUUAAUAAUAAUAAAAUAAAAGUUUCGAAUUGAAGAAAAAAAAAUAUAUUAGAACUUGGAUUAAUCGAUCUAAUAAUUCAUAAUUCAGUGGCAAAAAAAAAAAAAAAAAAAAAAAAAUGGAAAAGAGAAUCAAGAACUAAAAGUUUCACAAAGAUGAUGAGAUUCACUCAGUUCUCCUAAUGUAAAAAUACUGUCUGGAAUUUAAAAAUGAAAAAUCGGUGAAGAAAGGAGAGGAAAAAAGAUAAUUCCAGAGAUUUGGCGCCACUGCGCCUAUUAUAUCGAUUCGAAGAGAAGAAGAAGGAAAGGGGGUGUGUUGAGAGGGAGGAAUUUUUGCGCACUGUGCGGGAGAAGCAGUUUCCAAGGAAGGGGGAUGAUGAUGAUGGUGCUAUUCGAGGACAAGUAGAGGAAUUCUACGGAAUUCUACAUAGAUAUAGAAGGCACGCAGUCAAAAUCUCGCGAGGGUGGAUGGUGGAGUGUUUCCGCGUGUGGAAAAUCGAUCUUGAAGCCACGCCACUGCAUCGUCGCGUCAAGUGCAAUGGCCUCCAAAUCAGGAAGGACCUAUUCAGUGAGAUCGCCUCGAGUGGGUGGUCCACUUUCGCAAUCGUUGGCAAUGAUUCCUCCAACGAUGCAUGGCCACGAGUUCAAUCAACCACUGUCAAGGGUCGUAAUGGUUCGUAAAACGGACCAAAGGACUUUUAGUAAAGGUCGACGAGGUGGUGAACCACUUUUAGAAACAGUGACCAGAGAAACCGUUGAAUUAUUUAACGGUGGUCGAGCAGAGAGAAAAUUCACUUCAGAAACGAGAGAUAUUGUUACGCCCAAGUCAAACAGUAUGCCUUCUCUCAACGUUAGCGGAUCGAAAAAGAAGGUUGUCGGUUUUGUUGACCAGUUAACUCCUGAAAGAUCGAGAGCCGACUCGGUGAGAUCGAAAUCACCAUUGACGGCAUCGCCAGCAUCUCCUGGACCAUUGUCUAAUUCGUUACAUGGCAGUUUUCACAGCAGCCUCGGCAGCGAUGGAAUGUCAUGCAGCAGUGCAAGGUCUUCCUCGGCGUCUCCUGAUUCCGCGAGAUAUUCUUCCUCACAGAUUACAAAGACUGAAACACGUAAACCGUCUGUGCGUAGAUCAGGUGCUAGCAAGGAAUUUAUCAAUCUCUGUCUCGAUACUCACAAUUUUUAUCGAGCACGACAUGGAGUUCCAUCCCUACGACUCAGUAAACAGCUUUGCAGAGCGAGUCAGGAAUGGGCGAAUGUCUUGGCAGCCAGGGGUAGAUUAGAGCACAGAGCUAAUAUAGAUUAUGGUGAAAAUCUCUAUUGCAUGUGGAGUUCAAAUCCAAAGACUAUUGUUGGUGGUGAAGAGCCGGUGAAUGAAUGGUACGCCGAGGAGACGCAGCAUCAGUACAGCAAGGAGCCAACAACAUUGAAAACCGGUCACUUUUCUCAGGUGGUCUGGCGCGAUAGUACGGAACUUGGAGUUGGAAUGGCGAGGAAUCGCAACGGUGAAGUCUAUGUGGUAUGCAAUUAUAACCCAGCGGGAAACUUUCUGGGAAGUUUCACCGAGAAUGUCCUGCCGCCAGCUGGAAGCUGCGGGUCAGAAAAGCGGAUCACUCUCAUUGAUCCAAAACAACAGAGCGCAAUUGAUGAGAAGGGAUGGCAACAGGAGGCACUGCUUAUACACAAUGAAUACCGCCGAAGACAUCGAGUUUUGGAUUUAAGACUCAGUCCAGAAUUAACUGCUGCUGCAAAAGCCUGGGCACACACGCUAUUAAACAGUAAUAAACUCGUUCCGCAGUCGACCUCUCCUUAUGGAGAAAACAUUUACUCGAUGCAAUGUUCCGAUCCGAAAUUAAUUGUAUCGCCUAGAGAAGUUAUCUCCAAAUGGUACUCGGAGAGGAAGGAGCACAAGUUUGGAACCGAGCCAAAAGUACUCAAUACAUGUCAUUUCACUCAAAUUAUUUGGAAAUCCACGAGCGAAAUGGGAAUCGCAAUGGCCAAACGAGACGGAACCUGCGUUGUCGUCGCUUGCUAUCAUCCAAGAGGAAAUAUCGUUGGCCAAUUUACCGAAAACGUCCUGAGACCUGUGAAAAAUCUCUAAUCAUAAAAAAAAGAUAAUAUAUACCUAAAUACAUUCUAAGAAUUAUUUAUUUCAAACAGAGACUUAUAAGCAUUUAAGAAAAAAAAAAGAUUUAACGCCUAAAUCUAACGACGUACGUUGAGGAAAUGUUUAAAAGAAAUAAAACAACUUUGUAUAAGCACGCACUUUGAUAUGAGAGAAGAAUUUAAAGAGUAUAAAUAUUUUUUAUACACAUUGUUUUUGUAAGUGAGUUUUUUUUACAUUUGUUAAGAGACAAAAUACGAAAAUUUUGUGAGAGUAAGUCCUUCAAGUAUUAUAACGAAUUUUUACUUGUAAUUUUACGCGAUAUUUACACUGAAGAAAGAAGUGUAUUAAUGAAAAGCACACUAUAAUGUCGUAUCUUGAUAUGAGAAAUUGACUGAAGUACUUCUGAAGUAUAGUUGAAGUAUUUUAAUUGCGUAGGUGCGUCGUUAGAAAAAAUUGUCUAGUUUGUAAAUAUAUUAAUGCAUUUGUAGAACAUUCCAAAUGUACUCGAUUUAAAGUACGAUGCAUCAUCUGUAAUCUAAGCCGUUAUGUAAUAUUUUAUUACACUGAGCAAUUAUUAAAUUAAAAUUAAAAUCAG